AAUAAAUAUCAACAAUUUAUUAAUUUUCUAAAACUGAUAAACUAGCAUCAUCUCCUGCCCAAUUGUCAUUUCUCGAUAAUUCAGAGUUCUACAGUUUGUAAAAUAUCUACGAUAGAUAUUUUGAACCGCAGAAGUUACUGUUCGUUUAUUUAAUUCGUUGUUUCACCGUACGAGGUCUCAGAAUUUUCAAGAUUUUAUUUAACCUUGUUCCGAAUGCUGCAAACCGGCUUAUUGAGAAAAAAUAUAAAAACAUUUUUUGUAUAAUAUUUCAUGGAAAAUACUGAGAAAUUGUACAAAUUAGAGACAUAAUAACUUAACGAAAGAGAAGUAAGUUAAUAAAUUUAACAGAUAAAUAUGAAUAUAAUAAAUUGUUGAAAGAAUAUUAAAAGGUAUAUUUAAGUACUGUAUGAUUACGGUACACGUGUGUCAAGCAUAUAUGUCUCACAAAAAAAAACAGUAUUUAAAGAAAAGAAAAUCUGAUGGCUGAGAUAAUAUUGAAUACAACAAUAAAUCAAAACAAAUAUGAGAAUGAAGAAACAGAAAGUUACUGUAAGAAUAACGGGCGAAAUCAUACAAUAGAAUCACAAAUAACCAAUGAGAAUUUAUGUACAGAGAUAGAAAACUUACAUAAUAUACCUAACAAGACAGAUAAUUCGCAAAAUUUACUAUCUGCAAAUUAUAAAACUGACGUUACUGGCAGUCCUCAUAAGAAUACAUUUUUGUUUAGACAAAAAGAUCUAGUAAAAAGUCCGCUGUUCAAAAAUUUAGUACUUAACAAGUCUGAUAAGUAUACACAAUCUAUAAAUACGACUGAAUUGAAUACAUAUUUAGUCAGAAAACGAACAAUUAGUGCAAGUAGUGAUUAUGAUUUAUUCAAAUCAGAAUUAGAUGAUAUAGAAAAUUUUGGUAACAAUUUUAGUAACAUUGAAAACAUCAGCUUGUUGCAUGAUUUAGAUUCUAUAGUAAAGUUUGAGGAUAGCAAAGUGUCGAGUAUUUUAUCAUCUUCAAUGUUGAAUGUCAAUGCUAUACAAGAAACUGAUGACAGCAUGUUAGAAGCUACUAAAGAUCCUGUGACAGAUCCUCUUUCCAUUAGUGAUCAUGAAGAGAAAGACACUAAUAAAAUUAUGGAUCCAGAUACAAAGAUUAAUAAAAAAAUACACUCAAGAUGGAAUUCAAACCUGAAUUAUCCUUUUAAGAAACAAAAAUGUGAUUUGAAUACAGAAGAGAAACAUCUUUUUACAGAAUUGGAAAGUAUCAAUAAAUGUGAAAAUUUGCCAUUAAUUCUCAUCAAGAAGUUGCAGGAACUAAAUAUAAAACUGAUACACAAAGUACCUAGACAACAUAAAAUAGAGCUCAGUGGAUCUCAUGCACCAUCAAGAAAAGAAAAAAUAUUAUUCCAGAAAUAUGGACCAAUUCGGAAUGGUACAUAUACACCUGCAGAGGACAAAAUUAUCAUGGAAAAUUGGAAAACAUUUUGCAGACUCCAUGAUUGGGAUACAAAAAGAACCGAGCCAUUUCUUAAUUGGAGACAUAAUGGAAAAUAUUAUAUAGAUGAUGUAAAAGAAAGACGGAAAUUCGUUCAGUUCUUAGCAAAUGGAUUACCUUGGCGGACUCUCUACAGUGUUCAUUCUAGAUUUAAAACAUUGUAUUCUAAUAAAAUUACUCGCCAGCGAUAUACUUCGAAAGAGGAUAAAAAAAUUUUAAUGUAUAUACAGAAUAAACAUCUUGACAAACGUAAUACUAAAUACACUGAAUUAGCGAAAUUAUUAAAACGAACAAGCCGGUCGAUUUUUAAACGAUAUCAAUAUCUUAAGAAGUUUAAAGAUGAAAGAAGAUCGGAAGUUACACCAUCAGCUAAUAUUAAAUGGACAUUACCAUUGAUCAAAAGGUUCAUAAAAACUUUGCUCACUGUUACAUUGAGUGAAGAUAUAAGAGAACUUAAAGGUGCCACACUUCCUAAACCAGUAUGGCAGAAAAUGGAAACAAAAUUAAACAUACACGAGAAUGUUUUAAAAACGUUUUGGCAACAUCAGCUGCAUCUGCAAUUAUUCAGUACAGGUCCUAUUUAUUUAAAUGAUAUUAAGAUACAAUUAAUUGAAUACAUGUAUGAGAAAGGAAUAUCUAGUACUCGUGAAAUCAUAUGGCCCAAUGUUGCACAAUAUUUUGAUGGGGCAACUGCGAUAUUUCUUUGCAAAACUUUUUUUUAUCUUGUUCAAGAAUGUAACAUGAACGAUGUGGAUAAUUUUGCUGAUGUUGUGGAAUACUUAUAUCGUACGAAAAUCCCUGAAAUUCAAAAGGCUCAAACUGAUAAGUUUUUACCUAGAAUUAUAUAUAAAGAUGGAAAAAUUUCUUUGUUAAAGGCAAAAAAUAACGAUACAAUUAUAAUCGAAAAUGAUCAAGAAAGUAAUCAUCACGAAACUGAUCAAGAAACUGACCAUAAUACUGAUUUUAAUACAUAGAAGAAAUUAUUUUUAUAUUAUACAGUAAUUGUUAUAUCUUUUGAUACGUUAAACUAUAAUGUAUUAUAUUUCAGAUUAUUGUAAUAAGAAAAAA